AUGGCAGAGAAUGCUAGUAGUUCAGCAAAUGGAAAUCAAAACGAGCCACCACCCGAUUCAGAUGCAAUGAAUAAGAUAAGGAAGAAAGAGCAAGAGGAGCGAGAAGAAUUUGAAAGAUUAAGGGUUGAAAAUGAUGAGGAAUUUCAGUUGUGGAUGAGAAAGUUGGAUACCAAAGAGGCACGUCGACACAGGAAGAAGCUUCAACGACGAGGAGAGUGGAAGUGUUCAUGGGGGAAAACUCACAGUGCGACUGAAAGUGAUAGUGAAGAUGAAGAAAAGAACCGUGAAGGAGUAGAAGAUGAGGAGAGCAGUGAUGAUUCGAUGAAGAGAGAUGAGAGAGCAAAAGAAGAAGAGAGGAAGAAGAGGAAAAGGCAAGAGUUUAAAGAUGUGAUGUACAAGUGCUAUCUCUCCGAAAAGAAGAACAACCCUCGUAAGUUUGCUCGAACCAUGUCAGAACCCCUGAAAGUGGAUUCUGACGGAGAGGAGAUUCCUGGGUUAGACCUCGAUGGAGAGCCUGUUUUUUCCGACGGUGAGAUGGUGGUUUGCAGUGAAACAGAAGAUGAGGAAGAAGAAACCGAAGAUGAUGAUCUCCAAGAUCCCUACACAUAUUCAUACAAUGAUGAUGGUACUGGUGCCUACUAUGAAGAUGAUGAGUUAAACUACAACAGCAACAAUGAUGGCGAUUCUUGGUGA